CAACAAUCUAAGACCACUAAACUGAGAUGGCUUGUAUAAAAUAUAAGAAAAAAAUUGUUGUGAUAAAAUUAAUAAUGCUUCAACACUUGUUCUUCUUUUUUUCAUUGUAAAGUGGUAUAAUUUUCAUUUGACAGUGGUUGUUUUCUUAUCAGGCAAGCAGCAACCCUUCAAAAAGAAUGAAAGAGAGAAAUGUCAAAAUAUAGGAACCAUUCUGCAAGACUUAAAGAAUACUAAAAAAGUUUAAAGAAUUUUAUUUAAAAAAGGUAGAGAAAUAUAUCUACCGAUAUAUAUAUUGCUAGAAAUGGAUUGUGAUUAAGUUCUAUAUUGGUAACAUUAGUACCUAAACCUUGGGUAAACUGCCCAGUAAAGUUAUCAGUGAGUCAUUAAUUAUUCCAUUAAAUCUCGAAAUUACGAAGGAAAAUCAUUGCAAAGACUUGUUGCUUACGAAUUUGGACAACAAACUGUAGGCAUCAAACGCAACGCUGGGAAAAAUUAUGAACCUGUGUUCCUCUGCCGGCGCUACAGCAUCAUCAUCCUCUUUGGCAUCGGAAGACGCAGCAGCAGUGGAAAGUACGAACGUUAGUGGGAAAAACGGUAGUGGUGGUGUAUUGACCACACAUUGUUUUGGAAGCAGCAAUAGCAGCAGUAGCUGCGCCGCAGCUUUAACGACGAACCUUUCAAAUAAUCCAACACACAGUGGCAGCGGUGCCAGCGGUAGUAAUUUUGGAAAUAACAACGAAAUGCCACCGGAAACACGUCCGAAGAUGGUAACGGUGAAACACCCGGAAUCUAAUAAACCCAAGCCAACUACAAAGAAAAGUAAACCAAUACAAGCUGAUCAGGACGUUGUUAAAGCUCUUCAGCGUUGUCGGGAAGAAGGUAUAAAACGCUUGGAUCUAAGCAAGUCCUCCGUCACAGUUAUACCAACUUCAGUAAGAGACUGCGUUCAUCUUACGGAACUUUAUUUAUACAGCAACAAGAUUAGUCAACUGCCGACUGAAAUAGGGUGUCUCGUGCAUUUAAAGACACUUGCUUUAAACGAAAACUCGCUAACUUCUUUACCAGAGUCGUUACAAAAUUGUAGGCAGCUUAAAGUACUUGAUUUAAGACACAAUAAGCUUGCGGAAAUUCCUUCGGUGAUUUAUCGGCUGCGUUCUCUUACCACGCUCUACUUGCGUUUUAAUCGCAUUAUCGCUGUGGCUGCCGAUAUACGCAAUUUAACUAAUUUGACUAUGUUGAGUCUGCGUGAAAAUAAAAUUCGAGAAUUGGGUUCCUCCAUCGGUGCAUUGGUAAACUUAACAACACUGGAUGUCUCACACAACCACUUGGAACAUUUGCCCGAAGAAAUAGGUAAAUGUGUAACUUUGAGUGCACUUGAUUUGCAGCACAACGAACUAUUGGACAUACCGGAAACCAUUGGCAACUUGAAGAGCUUAGUACGAUUAGGCUUGAGAUACAAUCGACUAUCAAGUAUUCCGGCAUCGCUGAAAAAUUGCAAAUUCAUGGAUGAAUUUAAUGUUGAGGGCAAUGGUAUAACGCAAUUACCAGAUGGUCUUUUAGCUAGUCUUAGUGCACUUACAAAUAUUACACUAUCGCGCAACUCUUUUACCAGUUACCCAACUGGUGGGCCUGCUCAAUUUACCAACGUCUAUAGCAUUAAUCUGGAACAUAAUCGUAUCGACAAAAUACCAUAUGGAAUAUUUUCACGAGCUAAAGGCCUCACAAAACUCAAUAUGAAAGAAAAUGUGCUUACUGCUUUACCGCUCGAUGUAGGAACUUGGAUUAAUAUGGUCGAAUUGAAUUUGGCCACAAAUGCUUUACAAAAAUUACCCGAUGACAUAAUGAAUCUGCAGAAUCUAGAAAUUUUGGUACUAUCCAACAACAUGCUCAAAAAGAUUCCUAGUACCAUAGGUAAUCUGCGCAAACUGCGUAUUCUCGACCUAGAAGAGAAUCGCAUUGAAGUGCUGCCCAACGAAAUCGGUUUAUUACACGAAUUACAAAAAUUAAUUUUGCAAACAAAUCAGAUCUCUAUACUGCCACGCAGUAUUGGUCAUCUCAGCAAUCUGACGCAUUUGUCAGUUAGCGAAAAUAAUUUACAGUACCUGCCAGAAGAGAUUGGCUCGCUGGAGAAUCUGGAAAAUCUUUAUAUCAAUCAAAAUCCAUGUUUGGAAAAGUUACCUUACGAGCUGGCACUUUGUCAAAAUUUGAAAUACCUAAACAUUGACAAAUGUCCUUUGAGCACAAUACCACCUGAAAUACAAGCUGGCGGUCCAUCUCUAGUACUCCAAUGGUUGAAAAUGCAUUCGCCAUAUAGGCAGAUGUGAGUUAGCGGUUUGGGAUAUGUCAGUGAUGGUGGGAGUACACAAUGGCGUACAUUUUAUACAAGUAACGAUUGCUAUUUGGAAUUUCAGUUGGAGGCAGAGGCGGAUACGCAGCGACGCUAACAACGUCGUGCUUGGAAAUGCACUAUCAUUUGAGAUUAUUACUUACAAAUAUUGGAUGGUGCAUCUCCGAAAAUUGUUGCCAUCGCUAAGUUAAUGAAUAAUAAGAAUAUAAAAAUAAUAACAACAUAACAAUACCAAUUAUUAUUAAUUAUAAAUAAUAAUUUCUUUAAAACGAAACUUAAAAACGACGAAUAUGUCGAGUGGAGUCUUGCAACUACUACGCGCAACUCACUCGCAGUAAUUAUGAAAACGAAUUGUAAACAAUAUUUUCUGUUGUAAAAAUUGUGUGAUGGUGAAACAAAAUAUAGCUUUAAAAAUGCUUCAGAAAUUGAUUGUUUAGUGGAUUGUGUAGUUGUAAACAAAUAUAAACUAUUUGUGUAACUUCUAACGAAUCAACAACUUUAAUUUAAAACAAAUAAAGUUCUAUAAAUUCAUAUAUAAAUCAGAAAAACGAAAUAAUGUUAUACAUACAUACAUAUGCUUGUGAAUGUUAUAUUAUAUAAAAUGUGUUAUGUUUAUUAAGGACGCAAAAAAUUACUGCCUAAAUUAUGUUACACAUUGCAAUGAAAGGAAGCGAGGAAAAAAUUGGCAAAAUGUAUACUUUUCUGGUGUGUUGAAACAUGAAUUUGUGUUUGGAAAUUUUAUUUUUAAUGAGUGUAUUUAAAGGGAGUGAUCCCAAAAAAAAGUUAAAUUUUUUUUAAGAAAGCAAGUGUGAGUUACACAUGCAUUUAUUUCAACGAACAAGUACUAUAGCUAUAGCUGUUAUGCAGUCAAAUUUAUGCAUAUAAUAUGCAUACAAAAUUGAAAUAAAACAUUUAAAUGUGUAUAAUUAAAAAUGUAUUGAUGUGUGUUGUGUUCUGUACCACAAGUAUUUUAUAUACAUAAUAAAGAUUUAAUUUGAAUCAAAUUAGCCAAUUCUAUUGCUGUAAUUGAAAGUAACUACUUCUGAUCUCGCUACCUAAAAUACCAAUGUUAUUUGCAAGCAAAUGUGAAAUCCAUCGAGUUAUAUCUGUACUUGCGGGAUCGGGAACGGUAUUUUUCAGCAAAACUUUAUGUUCAGGUGUAAUAUUUUUUAUGUAUCACUUAAUGUAGUAUUUUGCAAUACAUUUGUUAUAGAAAUUCAUUUUGUUAUUCAAAAAAAUAUGCCUUCUAAUUUAUUGCGGAAGUCUUAUACUGAGUUGCACUUUUGUUGUUUCUUUUUUCACUAACCUAUAAUAUAUUUUCAAAUAAAUUGCCCCGUCUAAUAUGUUGUACGGCAUAUGUUGUUUUAAAAUCAUUUACAAAUGCUUAAAUGUACAUAAAUGUGUACAUAUGUACAUGAAUCACAUAUGUAUAUAAAUAUGAAUCCCUAGUAAUCCAAUGUUAUUGAAAAUAUAUACAUACAUAUACUCCAAAUAAGUGUAAAAUGUCCAUGUUAUCUACGAUUAUAAACAAAAUAGGUGGAUUGAACAGAAAAUUCAAUAAUUUCAUUCGAUAUUUUUUCGAAUGUAUUGAGAUCUUAAAUGGAAAUAUAUUCAUACAUAUUCGAUAUAGAAUGAAGAGCAGUAAUCCUUAGUAUAUAUUGAUUCUCCGCUUAUGCAAUUGUUUGUUGUACAUAAAUAUAUAUAUUUUUUUGCUAAUACUUAAACUAGGAAAUCUUUGUGCAGACUUUGAACAAAAACUUACGAAUAAAAACAUAGACAAAAAAGUUAAUUGGAAUAAAAAAAAUAUAAAUAAAAUUAAAAUUGAAUAAUAAAUAAAAAAACAUAAAAAAUGUAAACACAAGCGCCAAGGAAUUGUCUAAUAAUAUGUUUAAAAGUUAUUUGUAUUUUGUAUAAGUGACUGUAAGUUAAAAUAUAAAAUUAUUGUUUGUAUAUACAAGUGUAUAUACAUUUGCCGUGCAAACGUUAGAUUCAGUUCCACUGCAAAGGUGGAGUUGCAACGUUCUAAGCGAUGAAAUAUGCAACAAAAAGUAUUUUAUAUAAAGUAAAUAUGUAUAUGCGUAAUUAAUAAACAAAUCAUAAUCAACACUAUUAUUCACGCUGAAACCCCAAAUUUUAAUAUUACCUGUAAUAUAUGUAUGUAUGUCAAAUUGCUGAUUAUACGUAUUUCUAACAUAGAAAAACUUCCCAUAAAUACUUAAAUAGUUGUUCAGUGCCCGUGAACGCGUAAAUUUGCGUGGGUGUCGGGAUUUUGUUGACGAUAUCUUAUGACACAUAAACGGUAUACUUAAACUCUGCAAGUUUAAUACCCUUUAAUUUCAUUUAUACGUUGGCAAUCAGUGCAUCAUUGGUGCCCGCAGCCAAAAUUAUUCCACAUAAUCCACAGGUGUCAAUGCAACGACGGACAUCUGAGGUGCUCUUAAGUGGAAAGUGGAUAUUAUAAGAUGAUAUCUCUAUACAUAUGUAAGUGUGUAUAUAGUACAAAUUUUUUGUUAAGAAAAAUAUUUUUCCAUAGAAAAGGCUAUUCAUAAUUUCUACAACCAAAAUAUUAGAAAUACAUAGAAUUAAAAUUUUUAAUAAAAAACAAAGGCAAGACAAGACAUAAAAAUGGACUUCCAGAACAUCCAGUAAUUAAAAAUGUAAAAUAUUUAAGAGCAUUGGGAUAUUUCCUAUGCAAUCACCGGCGAUACACCGACAGCCACCGUGUUAAAUUCAAUUUUUUUUCCAGAUUAGCUAUCUCUAGGAGUAGUAUUAUUUUUUAUCUAUUAUCAAGUAUAAAUGUAAAAAUAUGUACAUACAUAUUUAUAUAAAUAUAAAUAUGCAAAUCAUACCACGUGUUGAGACUUGUUGACUUCGAUAAUCGAUAACAAAAGCGUUUUCUGUUGUAAUCCAAACGGUUGAACCCGAUUUUGAAUACUCAGCCAUAGCAAACGAGAAAGUACAAUUAUGAUAAAAAAUGACAAUUUUUGUACCUUCUUUCUAUAUUAUAUUAUAUUUUUAAAUUUAUUACAAAUAUAUUUUAUUUUUGAAAAUAAAAUAUGUUAAAACCGAAUAUUUUGACCAAUAUAAAAUUAUUAUAUUUAUAUUACAAAUAUAUUUUAUUUUUGAAAAUAAAAUAUGUUAAAACCGAAUAUUUUGACCAAUAUAAAAUUAUUAUAUUUAUAUUUCAUUAAACUAGUUCAAAAUGUUUACUGCGGCAGUCUUUAUAACUGAAAAUUAACUGUCGACCCUUCAAUCUUUAAUUUUUGUUUUAGUAUAGUCAUAUAAGACAUUCGUAGACUAUCAGCUGUAGAGCAACGGUAUAUAGUACAUAUGUACAUAUGUAUUAUAUUUAUGCACAGCACUUCUUCGUUUACAUCAAGCCUCAAACAACUAACAAAAGUGGAAGAACUGUUUAUAUGUAUAUGUAUCUAUGUACAUACACGUAUGUAUGUAUAUUUAUGCAUGUCCUUUUGUAGCUACAUGAAUGUUUGCACAUACUUAUGUAUGUAAAUAUUUUAUUCAUUAAAUAAGCAUUAAAAAUUGAACCUGGUAUGCAACUGAUGAUAUAUCAUGUUUGUAUCUAUGUAUGAUGUUAUGACAGUUAUAAACAUAUGAUGUACAAAUAAAUACAUAUAUGUACAUAUGCUUUCCGAUUUAUUCAACUACAAUCAUUUUUUGAAGGCUAGACAAAUAGUAAGAACGAUACGCACAGAAAAAUAAAAUAUAUGUAUGCACAUAAGUAUGUACAUAUGUAUGUACGUAUGUAUGUAUUUAGUUCUUCGGAACAUAUGUGCACAUUAUACAAAAUACAACAAUAGAAAUAAGCAGUAUUAAAAUUGAUUAAAAGUAUGUGUUUAAUUUUUAAAAAACGGUUAAAAAUACAACCGUCAUAACGGAACACAUACCGUUGUCAUCAAUACGAAUACUAGAAAUGACAGAGGAAGCUGUGUCAAAGGUCUGUCACAGCGUUAGCACAAAAUCAUAAUAAUAUUAUUACAUAUUUUGCUACUACAAUUAUACAGUGGUGUGUAAAAUUUAAACACCACUAGUAGACUAACGGGAUCUCCUGAGCAUGGGAUAUUUGAAAAUUAUUUUCCAGUGGAAACUUCAACACUUUGGUGCAUAAGUGAGUAAACUAAACUAAAGUACAUACAUUUCAACAAUAUUUGAAAACCACUACGAAGAAAUAGAUGUUAGAGUUAUUUUGGUAUGUAUUAUUGCAAAUGCAGAAUUCGUUAUUGCCGUAAUUGUUGGCGUAAUGUAUCUUAAAAUCAAUAAAGUAAUUUAAAUGAAGAACA